GGCGGCCCCGCGGCGGCGGCGGUAAGAGGCGGGCCCGGCCCCUCACCCCUCUCACGGCCCGCGGCAGCGUGCCGCUGGGCCAGGCCGCGGCCUGAGGCCUGUCAGGAGGCCACCCUGCUGCCUCCCGGCUGGAGAGGGAGCGGUGGCCAGUGAAUAGGGAACACGAUGAAAGAAGCAGAAAUAAGGAGGCUCCUGGCUGCCAACCUCCUCUGUGUCUUUUCAAUUAUCCUGACAGCAAUUCUUCCGGCUUUCUUCUGGAAAGGAUUCACGGUUUUGGGAACACACCUCGCGUGGCUGUGUAUUUGUUCUGUUUCUGUUAGUACCCUUAAUGUAAUCUUGCACUUAGUCCUUAGGCCAAAUCUGACUCCUAAGAGAAGUUCAUUUGCUCAUAAGAUAUCCAGAUUUCUAAAAUGCUGUAUAUACUUUUUCAUGUCUUGCAUACUAUUUCAUGCGAUUAUUGUUCUUUAUGGAGCGCCUCUCAUAGAGUCAGUGACUGAGACGUUUUUGUUUGCAGUUCUCCUGUCUACCUUUACUACUUUACAAUGCUUGUGUAUACUGGGACCAAACAUACAAGCAUGGAUACGGGUAUUUAGUAAAAAUGGAGCUAUGUCCAUCUGGGAAAGCAGUCUACAGAUUACUACCAUGGGCAGUAUACUAGGAGCUUGGUUUGGAGCAUUUCCUAUUCCUCUUGAUUGGGAUCGGCCUUGGCAGGUGUGGCCCAUUUCCUGUUCCCUCGGAGCUACCUUUGGCUAUAUGGCUGGUCUGAUUAUUGCACCUCUGUGGAUACACUGGAACCGGAAGCAGCUUACAUACAAAAGCAGAUAACUGGAGCAAAGAGAGACAAGGUAUUUCUUUGUGCAGAUUCCAUACAGACUGUGCAAAAGUUGUUGUUUUUAUAAGAUAUAUAUAUAUAUAUAUAUACGUAUAGUCAAAGCAGAAGACUAUCCAAAUUCAUUUAGAGUAUUUCAG